GGCAAACUCGCCGAAGCGCCACAUGAAAGAACGACACAGUGAUAAUGCCGAUCGUUGUGAGUGACUGACGAUGUUUGAGGAUAUAUUUUCCGCCCAGGAUGGCUAGCGAGAGUUCGAGGAGGAAUGGGCCUAUGAAAAUACGCCUCACGGUCUUGUGUGCCAAAAACAUCGCCAAAAAAGACUUUUUCAGAUUGCCAGAUCCAUUUGCAAAGAUAAGUGUUGAUGGUUCUGGCCAGUGCCACUCUACAGACACCUGCAAGAAUACUCUUGACCCAAAAUGGAACCAGCACUACGAUCUGUAUGUGGGCUACAAAGAUUCCAUCACCAUCAGUGUGUGGAACCACAAGAAGAUUCACAAAAAGCAGGGUGCAGGAUUUUUGGGCUGUGUUCGUAUCAUGUCCAAUGCCAUACAGCAGCUGAAAGACACUGGAUUCCAGCGCCUGGACCUGCAGCGCCAGAGCUCAGACGACACGGAGACGGUCAGAGGUCAGAUUGUCAUCUCGCUCAUCUCGCGAGAUCGCGGAGGAUCCGGCCCCACGGUCACCGACGCCACUGGCAUCUCGCAGGCCAUCCCCUAUGACCCCAACGAGCUGCCCGAUGGGUGGGAGGAGAGACGAGCAGCCAGUGGCCGCGUUCAUUAUGUGAACCAUGUGACAAGGACAACCCAGUGGGAACGACCAACUAGGCCAGCAGUAGAAUAUGGUCGCCCGAACAGUGUGGUCAGUCCUCGUCCAGAACCCACAAGUGCUGUUCCUCCUUCAUCCAAUUAUAGUGUGGGUAGAGAUGAUGGCAGUAUCAACAGCAACAACAGCUACACCAGCAGUCAUACAACAACAAGUCCUGCUGGAGGGGAGGGAAGUAGUGUCAGCAGCACCCAGCAGCAGUUUGUGCGACGUCGCUCAACACGGCACCGGAAUUACCUCAGUCGUGCACAGUUGCAUGAUGCUGUGGAACUUCCAGAUGGCUAUGAGCAAAGAACAACACAGCAAGGUCAGAUUUAUUUCCUUCAUACAAGAACUGGUGUGAGCACAUGGCAUGACCCCAGAGUACCCAGGGAAGCAUCCCAGCUGGAACUACAAGAAGAAGACCUGGGUCCACUGCUGGAUGGCUGGGAGAUACGCCGUACCAGCAAUGGUCGUGUGUAUUUUGUGGACCACAACAACCGCACAACACAGUUUACUGACCCAAGGCUUUCCACCAACUUAGGCAUCAUUCAAGAAAAGCUAAAAUCAUCAAACAAAGAGAAUAAGGUACCUCAUCAUAGAAACAAGCGAGACCUGGUCCAGAAAAUGAAAGUAUUGCGGCAAGAACUACAACCUUUACAGCCACAGGCAGGACACUGUCGUCUGGAGGUUUCUCGUGAUGAGAUCUUUGAAGACUCUUAUCGACAAGUCAUGAAAAUGCGGUCUAAAGACUUAAGGAAACGUCUCAUGGUCAAAUUUCGUGGUGAAGAAGGUCUUGACUAUGGAGGUGUUGCAAGGGAGUGGUUCUACUUGUUAUCUCAUGAGAUGCUGAAUCCAUACUACGGGCUUUUCCAGUAUUCAAGGGAAGAUAUUUACACUUUGCAGAUUAAUCCAGAUUCGGGUGUGAACCCUGAGCAUUUAUCCUACUUUCAUUUUGUUGGGCGGGUGAUUGGAAUGGCCAUUUUCCACGGACACUAUCUUGAUGGAGGAUUUACAAUGCCAUUCUACAAACAGCUUUUGAGCAAAUCAGUUACCCUGGAAGAUCUGGAGAGUGUAGACCCAGAUCUCCAUCGCAGUCUUUGUUGGAUGCUAGAGAAUGACAUUGAAAAUGUACUGGACCACACAUUUUCAGUGGAGCAUAAUUCCUUUGGUAAAGUUCAAGAGUAUGAAUUAAAACCAGGUGGCAAGGAUGUCAGUGUUACAGAAGAGAACAAGCGAGAAUAUGUCAAGCUUUAUGUGCAGUGGCGGUUUAUGCGAGGCAUUGAGGCACAGUUCCUAGCCUUACAAAAAGGGUUUAGUGAAAUUAUUCCACAGCAGGUACUCAGACCAUUCGAUGAGCGAGAACUUGAGCUGAUGAUUGGUGGAUUAGGAAAGAUAGACUUGGAUGACUGGAAGAAGCACACACGACUCAAGCACUGUACAUGGGAGAGUAACAUAGUGCAGUGGUUCUGGCGAGCCGUGGACAAUUUUGAUGACGAAAUGCGGGCCCGCCUUUUGCAGUUCGUCACUGGCAGCUCUCGUGUACCACUCCAAGGAUUUAAGGCAUUGCAAGGUUCAACUGGUGCUGCAGGGCCUCGACUCUUCACAAUUCAUUUGGUUGAGAUCAACACUGAUAAUCUACCCAAAGCCCACACAUGCUUUAACCGUCUGGACAUCCCACCAUAUGAAAGCUACGAAAAAUUUUUGUCAAAACUGACUUGUGCUGUGGAAGAGACUUGCGGCUUUGCCGUGGAGUAAGAUUCUGGAAAUCUUCAUGAACUUCUGCUCCGACAGCUUGCUUUUUAUAGCCUUCCAGGACUUUGAUAAGGUGCAGUCUCUGUGUUCCCCACUCCGUCCCAUGAACAUCUACUUGAGGUGGACCAUGAGAAAAGGGAGGAGAUGAUAAAUUUUAUUUUCUGAAUGACUCGCUCAAUGUGCCUUGAAGGACUGUGCAAAAUGACUGCUUUUGCUGGUGGGGAAGGUGGUACAUUUAGCCUUCUUUGGGCUGAGUGGUCAAGUGGUGCACUAGUUAAAAGUGAGAAACCAGCAAACAGGAGAACAAGGUUGUGCCCUUCUACAACCUCUGGCUUUGUGGCCUUCUAACGAGUUAUAUUCAUUCCCUCACAUUUCAUUCAGAGAUUGCAGACCUUUUUACCAUGUUUAAAUAUAAAAAUGCACAGACAUUACAGAUUCCAACAAACAAAGCAAUCAAGACUUAACCCCCUGUAUAUAAACCAGCACUUUUAUGAACAGUUGUCAAGAAAAGAUUGUAAAGACAGUAUUCUGAGCAUCCUUUAAGCUUUUUCACUUUUCAAAGCAUGAAGGCAUAAGUUGGGAGUGUAUCAGUUUGUGAUGCUCAGUAUGUGUGUUUUGUGCCUUUAGCAAUAUGUGAUGAUCAAGCAUAACCUGUGUGCCACAAUAUUAGAACAAUCUGUAAACCAGCUCACACAUCACCAGCUCUGCUUACCAUAAAAUGAGUAGGUGUGGUUGUCACUUCUUUUGUCCAUCUGUGACUGAACUUGAAGAGCACAAAAUUGAAGAAAAAAUAAGGGUUUCCCCAUGCGGACAAAUUAUUUGAUAUGGACCUUUGCAAUAAGGGAGAAAGCUUGUCAAUGGUCGUUCAUGUAUUUGUUUUUCAAUCAUAAUAUCAAUAGCAUGAUGCCUGUUCUCCAGCUUUUCUCUUGUUUGCUGCCAGAGGAGAACUUUUCAGGUCAUAAUCUGACCAAGUACACGUCUAAGAACUAACAGAUGAGCAGGAAGUUUCUGCUGCUAUGAUCAAGAGGCAGCAUGGAUUUACCGUCUUGCUGGUUCCUAGACCAAGGGCAGGCAGUGUGUGUGAUAGAUUUGUCCUGGCACACCAGGUUUUAAGUUAAAUUUGGCAGCAUUUCACCUUCUCAGCAUUGUGUUGUAAUUUUUUUAAAGCUGCUUUUUGUGGUUUCCCUUCUCCUUGAAAAGCUUUGUAGAGCCUCAACACAAACUGUUUGAAUUAUCAGCAACUAAAUUUGUACCUAUAGUACUCCGUCACUACAUCUUUUGAUUUUCCCAUUUACUCCCGUCCCUUAGUUUAGCUGCUUUGCGAAUUUUGACGCUUGGCAAAAUGGAAUUUAAAAAUCUGAAUCAUCACCUUUUCAAAAUGACAGUUAAAAGCCCUGCAUUAGGAAUGUUUUAAUCCCUUUGUGGACAUUCUCCACUGCAUGCAUGUGAACAUACACACCUGUUGAUCUUGUCAUUAGGACAGCGGUUUGUCAGUUUUCAUUGCAUACAGCAUGUCUUCACUUGAUGAAGGUAGGGAUAUGGGAAGGAGCCAGGACAUGCAGUCUACACAUAAAGUUAAACUGCUAUGCCAAGCCCAACCUGUCUGCAACUACCACACCACUGUGCGUGACUAAAGUACUAAAAAUAAAAUUAGUAAAAAAAGAACCAAAAUGUAUAUAUCUCUGUCUAUAUUGCUGGUUUAUUGUGUACAUUCAUGUAAACUACUCAUAUUUAUUCACGUAAUUUAGCAUCAGCUUUUGUUACAAUUUUUGAGGAUGUUUGAUGUUUUUUAAAAUCCGUAGUGCUGAUUUGACACGAAGAGGAUGAGGACUGAUUACUUUCUCAUUAACAGUCAAGCCUCCAGACUUGUGGCAUUUUCAGUUCAAGUAGGAUGUGACUAACAGAUGUAAAAUCCAAAAUAACACUCACUAGACUGACCGUGGUGGAUGCACAUUUUACAAAUAAUUUAAAGAUGACAAUUUUUGGGGGUAUAAAUGUUUGAUGGAUCAUCCCAGGUUUUGCAUGAGUCUGCUGUGUGCACAGAUAUUAUACAAUUUGAUCAUCUUAUUGUCGUGCACAUGUGCCAGCUUCUCUUCCAAGAGUAUGUGUGGUAGUAAUUUUUUUUUUAAAUUAACAGCGUCUUGUGCAUGCCAUACCAUAUGAUGCUAAAUGAGUGCACUUGAGUGUGUGUGCAUGUAAACACAUGAGUAGAGAGGAACUGAAAUGUUUGCACUACAUCCAUUUUAGUAAACCUGUACUUUCAUAGCCUAUUACAUUCUGCAGAAACUGGACUAGACCAGAACUAAGGGAGCUGUGUGUAAGAGUUGGAAGGUGGAAAUGCUUCCAGACAAAGAUGUCCUUUAGAAUUUUGAAAAAUUUUAGUAAUUUAUGUUGUUCCACACCGUGUAUUUUUUAAACCCAUUAAUGAUGUAUUUUAUGGUCACUUUUUGUGAAUAGAUACACUUGUCAUUUAAAAAAGCAUGAAGUGCAUGAUUCAGGCAUCAUGUCUGUAAGCCUUCCAUCUUGUCUAAAACAAGCAAUGUUUAUAGAAUGAUGCAGUGGCUGAUGAUAAGCCUCUUGGUUUUUUUUGGUUUUUUUUGGUGGGGUAGGGGAGGGAGGUUCUGUAGGAGCAUGGAGAUUCGGAUGGAUAACCAUUGUGCUCUAAUCAGUUUUGUUGGACCAGAUCAUCCAUUAACUUUGAUUUCAAUCAGUUGAGAAAUCCAAGGGUUUUCAUAUUCUUGUCCACAAAUUGAAGCAAAAUAUAGAAUUACUUGUCUUCAUUCCUGUAUUUUUCGUCAGUUUCUAGUACCCAGUUAUUAAAAAGUCAACUUUAGAGUCAUAACUGAAAUAAAAUUUCAGAGCACUGAAGACCACUAGGAAUGAACAGGUGACUAAGAAAUUUGUAAAAUGCUAAUCUUCAUUAAUUGUUGAAGAGUAAUCUAGUAUUAUUCAUUUAUGCAGUUGUGUGACUUCCUGUGCACUUGUGGUGGCUGAAAAAUGUCUGUCUUCAUGAAUCAUAUACUAGUUAUCUCAGGGGUCUGCUUCGUUUGUUGGAAUUAACACAGUGCAGGGAAUUUUCUGCAUUCAUUUUCAUCACAUCAUAGAGUAUUUUUAUUACUUUUUUAAUUGUUCUAAGAAAUUGGCAUUGUCCAUCCGUCACUGUUUAUUGGUCUUAAAUUUACUUCACAUCACAAGCUUGGCCAGUUGACCUGUUUUGAAGAUAUUAAAAACUGGAUAGUAUGUUUGCUUAGCCAUUUUUCUUUAGAAACUUGCUAGAGAUUUGUCAAAGAAGUUGAUCAAUAGGUCUAUUGCAGCACAUUUAGCUCCAUCAAAGUUCAUGCUCUAGAAAUGGCAUAGAAAAAGGAUUGAACUUUAUUACUCCAGUAAAUGAUGGAGGUUGUCUUGUGGAGAUCCUGAAUUUGGUUUUCACUUAACAUUUCUUUCUACCCUUCGUUUCCCUUUCACCUGGGUGCAGCAAUUUUCUCAGCAGAGACAAUGGUCUCUCUCAUGCUCCUUAAUACAUUCAUGGCAUUCUGCAAAUUGGUGACAAAAGUUUCAGAUAUUUGCACUCACGUUUUUAUGAUAAAUUCUACUUAAAUAUGAUUUGAGCUAAUUAAAAAAGUCUAAAAUAUAAAGUAUUUCAGUGAGCAGUUUCUGAUCAGUAUCUACUGCAUAAGGCUUUGAGGUCUCAUGCUGAAAAGAAAAAAAAAAUUUUUUUUGAAUGAUCCUAUUGCGACGCAUUAAGGCUGCUUAACACCCUUUGUCAAAUGGAUUCAGAUAAGUGGACACUAGGUUGUCAUUAUGCCACGAAUAUAUUAUGAUCCAACACCAACAUUAGAUAAAAUGUGCUUAGGAGGGGAGGUUGGUCAUGUGACAACUGGCUAGCCUUCAUUACUAGAAUAAAUGUGACCUUUUUUACCCAGAAACCAUUUGACAAAUACAAAGCACGUUUCUGAUGGAAAGCAACAACAGAUCAUGCUUUUUUUUAUCGUGUGCUCAAGUAGAAGAGUUGUCUGUUUUGAAGAGGAAUGUUUGACCAAACAUGUUUGAGCCAAUUCAUGCUACAGGGUUCUUUAGAAAUGGUUUGAUCAUUUGAGUAAUUUUGGGAUUCUCUUUCUUUAGUGUUUAACAGCAUGCUGCUUGGGUUGCUAGGUGGUCAUGCCUAACGAAUUCAAUGCUAAUUUCUUUUUGGGGAAAAGUGAGUCACUUUACACGCACAAUGUCUUGAGGCAAAUGUGAUGAUUUGAAUGGUAAAUGGAGUGAAAAGAACAAGCUAAUGCCUGUGAGAGAUGGAUCAAGUGUGCCGCAAGUGUUGGUAUAUAUGUGCAUGCAAAAGCAAGUUUAAAUGUCACAGCAUGGGCACAUGUGGUUUGGUGCAUUGCCAAGCAUGCAGAACACAUAUUUUUUUUUUUUUGUGGUCUGUUACAAUAAACACUUUGGAAAUGUG